AAUACCAGUUCUCCGGCAUGGGCAAUUCAUUCUACAUCGGGGAAGUUGGUCGGAUUUACAAGUCAGCUAACACGCGCACGACUGAAAUUCCCGACAAUGUUCGAUGGUAAAAAGAAAAAGAAAAAUACCAAACAAACUAUGUAUUUGAGCUGGCCAUGAUGUAAUCGUCAUGGUGUAAUCACUAUUUGGGAUAAAAAGAGAAACAAAGAGUUGAGAGAUCUCGAUUCGAAUAACAAUGCGAAAAAAUCAAACCAGGGUUUCCGCGAUGAACAGCGUGACUCGACUGAACCUGUGAGUAUUUGGGUCAGAUGUGCUGAAGAGUGUUGUUCACAAUUAGGAACUGACAAUUUUCGAGUCAAGAAUUAAGCUCGAGCGCUAAAUGAGCUGAGGAAUCUUAAGCGAAAGGUAUGGAACGAAACAAAGAACGAGUCAUUCGUCGGUGUGUCCGCGGUACAGGUAGAAUAUAUGGUAAGGUAGGUGAGACCUGUAGCAUAUACUUGUAGGUUUACGUAACGUAAGUGUAUAACACAUCAGCCUUUGGUCGCACAGUUUUGCGACUGGAAGAGGGUCACGUGGUUUUUCUACUUCUUUUUUUGAACCGAAGUUGAAUCGUAAAAGGCGCAGACGCGAGAAGCUGCCACCACGUGCACAACGACGACCGUCGGGUUCUCGAUCUCCCUUCCGGCUUUGGUUCUCUGCAUCGCAUCAGUUUCGAGUAGUCUCACAGUUUUAUCUUGUCCGUAGGUUUGUACACCGCCGCUGUAUCAUCGGAGUUAUUCCGUUUCUGGCUUCACCAGAAGCGCGUCUUCAGCUGCUGAGGCUAAAGAGAAGCCGGUGCUCCGAGAUCUGUGGACGGGAAUAAGGGUGUCGCGGUCGCCAGGUAUACGCGAGGAAUUACGUCUGACCUAGAAAUAGAUGUAACAGCGCCGAGUUUUUCAUUUUUCCGUUGGUUUUUCGAAUUCCCUUAUCUCUGUUUUGCAACGCGGAGUUCGUAGCAAUAAUAUUUGUGCGGGCAACGUUCCACUUCCACUUUCCGGCUCGAAAUUCUUCGAAGGCGUAUAUUCGAGGAUCGAACGGCGCGUGGUGGUGUUCACAAAAAGCUGACUGCACGUGAUGACAAAAAUUUGAGACGACAACCAUAUCAUUUCAUCCGAUAUGGACAAGUCCGAGAAGCAACGGGCCGCGCCAAACCCACGAGAAAAAGCAAACCCGCUUUCGAUCAUCACAUUUGCAUGGGUGUUGGACACGUUCGCCAAGGGAUAUAAAAAAGAUUUAGAAAUAUCGGAUCUCUACGCACCUCUUAAUGAGCACGCGAGCAGCGUACUUGGUGACAAAAUCCUCCACAUUUGGGAUAAGGAUCAAGAAAAAUGUAAAAGUGCUAAAAAAGAAGCUCAUCCGAGUCUGCUUAGAGUAUUGGUGAAAUGCUUUGGACCACGUAUAAUGAUGCUUGGGAUCGUGAUCGCAGCUUUAGAAUUUCUCGUCAGAAUAACGCAGCCUCUAAUGUUGGCUGGAUUACUGCGAUACUACAGCGGUAAUUCAAACAUGUCCAAGCAAGAAGCGUACUUGUGGGCUACGGGAAUCAUCACGUGUUCUAUGGUUAACUGUAUAGUCAUUCAUCCUUGUAUGUUGGGAAUUAUGCACACUGGAAUGAAGAUGAGGGUGGCCUGCUGUUCUUUGAUAUACAGAAAGGUGUUAAGACUUUCGAAAACCGCGUUGGCACAGACUACCGUUGGGCAGGUUGUCAAUCUACUGAGUAAUGACGUGAAUAGAUUUGAUUCCGCUAUAUAUUUCAUUCAUUAUAUUUGGCUGGGACCAUUGGAAUCUGUAGCGAUUACUUAUUUGAUUUAUCGUGAGGUAGGAUGGUCCGCUGUAAUCGGAAUGCUGACCUUGCUCAUGUUCGUUCCUUUGCAAGGAUACCUUGGAAAAAUGUCGUCUAUAUUCAGAUUGCGAACUGCGCUCCGGACGGACGAACGUAUCCGUUUGAUGAACGAGAUUAUAAAUGGUAUCCAAGUUAUCAAAAUGUACACAUGGGAGAAACCAUUUUCGUAUCUCGUUGAAAUUUCUAGAAGAAAAGAGGUCAGCGCGAUAAAAAAGAACGCUAUCGUUCAGGGUAUCACCUUGUCUUUUGACAUGUAUACACCGAGACUCUGCGUUUUCAUCACGAUAUUGGUCUACGUUCUUUUCGGUAAUAAAAUUACCGCGGAACAGGUCUUCAUGAUGACAGCAUUUUACAACGUACUUCGUACAGCGAUGACAAUCGCGUUUCCAAUCAGUAUUACACAAAUAGCUGAAGCCUUGGUGUCCAUCAGACGUUUACAGAAAUUCCUGAUGCACGAAGAGAGAAGAAAGCCACCACUAACAGAUGGGCGUUGCGAUUUCGAAAAAACCGGACAUGCUCCAGCAGCUGUUCUGCUAACGAACGCCACUGCGAGGUGGGAUUUGGAUAGCAUGGAUAACAAAUCAAACACUCUGUCAAAUCUGAACAUUGAGAUAAAACGUGGACAACUAACAGCGGUCAUAGGACAUGUAGGUUCCGGAAAGACGAGUCUACACCACAUUAUACUCCGGGAAUUGCCAUUAGUGCACGGCUCUGUCGAAGUAAACGGCAAAGUGGCGUACGCUAGUCAAGAGCCUUGGCUUUUCGCGUCAUCGAUUCGCCAGAAUAUUCUAUUCGGUCGUCCGAUGGACAAAGCGCGGUACGAAAGCGUUGUCACUGUUUGUCAAUUGAAAAGAGACUUCACGCUAUUUCCUUACGGUGACAAGACAAUUGUCGGCGAGAGAGGGAUCAGUUUGAGCGGAGGACAACGUGCGAGAAUAAAUUUGGCAAGGGCUGUCUACGCGGACGCAGACAUUUAUCUAUUCGACGACCCUCUUUCGGCAGUGGACGCUCACGUGGGAAGGCACAUGUUCGACGAGUGCAUCAACGGUUAUUUACGCGGAAAAACAAGAAUCGUGGCAACUCAUCAACACCAAUACUUGAAAUACGUAGAUCGCAUUAUCGUCCUGAGUAACGGUACCGUGGCUGCCAUGGGUACAUUUGAAGAGCUUCAAGCCGCCGGACUUGACUUUGUUAAACUACUCGAGCAAGUAAACGAGACGGAGGAUAACGAAAGUAUUCGAAGAAGUUUGAGCAGACGAUCUUCUAUUCAGAGCACUAGAUCUGAGGAGGUAGUUGAGGUCGAUCCUGUAGAGGAGGCAGAGAUGAGAACCAGUGGACAGGUUUCUGGAAAAAUUUAUCUGGCAUACUUCAAAGCUGCUGGAAACUUGUGUUACGUUAUCGCCAUGUUGUUGAUCUGUGUUUUGAAUCAGAUAGUCGCCAGCAGCGGUGACUAUUUCGUAACUUAUUGGGUUAAUACCGAAGAAGCGUCGAUGGUGAAAAUCAACGGGACACUCGUCUCUGAAUGGGCUGGACCGUUGAGCAGAAACAUGUGCGUUUACAUCUACAGCGCGAUAACCAUCGCCACUGUAGUUUUCACUCUUACACGGACCUACAUGUUCUUCAGCGUUUGUAUGAGAGCGUCGAGGAGAUUACACGGAGAUAUGUUCACCAGUAUAACUCGAACCACAAUGCGUUUCUUUAAUACUAAUACAUCCGGACGUAUUCUGAACAGAUUCUCCAAGGAUAUGGGAGCCAUUGACGAGUUGCUGCCGAUGAGUAUGGUCGACGUUAUGCAAAUUGGUUUGGCACUUUUCGGUGUCAUAAUCAUUGUAGCAGUCGUGAACCCUUGGCUUAUAAUUCCGACUUGUAUUAUCUUGGGUUUAUUGUAUCUCUUGAGAGUAUUUUACAUUAGUACAAGCAGAAGUGUAAAACGAUUGGAAGGAAUAACCCGCUCACCAGUAUUCGCACAUCUCAGUGCCACUUUAAAUGGAUUAACAACAAUUCGAGCGUUUGACGCCGAGACUAUUCUUGCCAAAGAGUUUGACAACCAUCAAGAUCUUCAUUCUUCGGCGUGGUACAUUUUCAUAUCGUGUUCGCGUACUUUUGGAUAUUACCUGGAUCUCACGUGUGUGGUUUACACCACCCUGGUCACCUUCAGUUUCCUAGUUUUGGAUCAGAAUACUUUUGGUGGAAACGUUGGUCUCGCGAUUACCCAGUGCAUCGGUCUUACCGGGAUGUUGCAGUGGGGGGUGAGACAGACGGCAGAAAUGGAGAACCAGAUGACUUCCGUCGAAAGAGUUUUGGAAUAUAGCAAACUGGAACAGGAACCAUCGUUGGAGAGCACUCCGGAAAAUAAACCCCCGAAAGAAUGGCCAAGUCAAGGAAAAAUUGAGUUCAAAAAUAUGUUCCUCAGAUAUGAUAGGGCUGAGCCUCCGGUCCUAAAAGAUCUUAAUUUUAUUAUAAAUCCUAGAGAAAAAAUUGGAAUUGUUGGACGUACAGGUGCAGGAAAGACUUCUUUGAUAUCCGCUUUAUUCCGACUGGCAUAUAUCGAAGGAGAUAUUUACAUCGACGAUUUACCAACGAGUAAAUUAGGUAUGCAUGACCUGCGAUCAAAAAUUAGUAUCAUCCCACAGGAGCCGGUACUUUUUUCGGGACGUUUGCGUGAAAAUCUUGAUCCUUUCGACGAGUAUUCGGACGACGUUCUCUGGCAAGCUUUGGACGAAGUAGAAUUAAAAGAAGCUGUAAACGAGCUAGUAGGCGGUCUUCAGUCGAAAAUGUCGGAAGGUGGUAGUAAUUUUAGUGUGGGUCAGCGGCAACUACUUUGCCUCGCUCGCGCCAUCGUAAGAAACAACCAGAUAUUGGUAUUGGAUGAAGCAACUGCUAACGUCGAUCCACAAACCGACGUUCUCAUCCAAGAAACUAUUAGGAAAAAGUUUGCCAAUUGCACCGUUCUAACGAUAGCACAUCGAUUAAAUACAGUAAUGGAUAGUAAUAACGUGCUGGUCAUGGACGCAGGAACGAUGGUGGAAUUCGAUCAUCCUCACAUAUUGCUGCAAAAUCAUCAUGGAUAUUUGUACAAUAUGGUACAACAAACUGGGCAAUCUAUGGCGGAGACUUUAACGAGAAUAGCGAAAAAGAACUACGAUAGCCGAAUGCCGACCUGAGAAAUAAACAAAAAUCAAAAACAAGACUUAAGAUUUUCCCAAGAACUGAUAGUUAAGAAUCAUCAAUUAUUUGCCAUGGUGCUCAUAUCAAUGAAGAACUUCAAAUAUUUCACGAACGAAGCACAUCUCCAUUAUAUUAUAAAAAUUAGAAGCAGAGUAAGUUGGUAGUGAAAAAAAAACAAAAGGCGAUAAAUCAAAUAUUUUUAUAGUCUUUUUAACAUUAUAGUCUUUAAUAAUGAUCAAAGUCUAAUAUUAGUGACCUGCUAUGAAUAAUAUUCCCAUACUUUUCUAUCAAAUUGAAGGAUCCUGGAUAUAAAUUUGUAAUUUCGGCGUUUCAAAUUUGAGCUUGGGCUAAUUAAUGCCCGAUUAAAUCUUCGGCAAGAGUAUAUCUCCUGCAGGGGUUAGUUAUUGUAAUUGCAGUUAUAGAAAAACGUGAACAGUUUCGUAAUUUUAAUGAAUCAUGAAGUAUUGAUUUGUUAUAGCAAAUCGCAGGUAUAAGCGGAUGAUCUCAGUCAUGAAUGUGCCUAGAGGAAUUAUAGAAAAAUGAUAAAAUGAACACUACUGUAAUUAGAAAUAAGAUAUACAAUUAUUCAACGUUA